UUCUACCCAAACAUUAUAAAUAUUCUUUAGUUUGGUCCAAUAGAGCCUUCUCAAACCGAAAAAGAAAAUUCCAUUUCCUCUUCCUAUUAUAUAUAUCACAACCUAAUAGCAAGGUAAACUCUCUCUCUCUCUCUCUCUCUCUCUCUCUCUAAAUAUAAGUAAUUUCACAACAGAAAGAGCUUAUUAUCAUUACCCCAAACCAUUUCUUUCUUUCUUUCUAGCAGCGUUUCCUUUCAAAUUCUGCAAUUUGAUUUGUUUUGGUUUAGGGUUAGGGUUUGGUUUGAAUUCUAGAUAAAUAGAGAGAGAAAAAAGAUGGGGCAGCAAUCUCUGAUCUACAGCUUCGUGGCUCGAGGCACGGUGAUUCUGGCGGAGUACACGGAGUUCACCGGAAAUUUCACGAGCAUCGCUUCGCAAUGCCUCCAGAAGCUUCCGGCUUCCAACAACAAGUUCACCUACAACUGUGACGGCCACACCUUCAAUUACCUCGUCGAAAAUGGCUUCACCUAUUGUGUGGUUGCUGUUGAAUCUGCUGGUAGACAGAUUCCCAUUGCCUUUUUGGAGCGAGUUAAGGAAGAUUUCAACAAGAGAUAUGGCGGAGGGAAAGCUGCAACUGCUGUUGCGAACAGCCUCAAUAAAGAGUUUGGGUCCAAACUGAAGGAGCACAUGCAGUAUUGCGUGGAUCAUCCCGAAGAGAUAAGCAAGCUUGCGAAAGUGAAGGCUCAGGUUUCUGAAGUCAAGGGUGUUAUGAUGGAAAAUAUUGAGAAGGUUCUUGACCGUGGUGAGAAGAUUGAGCUGCUGGUGGAUAAAACUGAGAACCUUCGCUCACAGGCACAAGAUUUUAGGCAACAGGGAACUAAAAUGAGAAGGAAGAUGUGGCUUCAGAAUAUGAAGAUAAAAUUGAUUGUUUUGGGUAUCAUCAUUGCCUUGAUUCUUAUCAUUGUUUUGUCUGUUUGCCAUGGCUUCAAAUGUUAAAUUGGCUUGGAACUUCCCAGAGGCUUCACCGCUGUCAUCUUACUGAUUUGGACUGCCUUGGUAGAUUCCAUUCCACCUUGCAGAUCCUUUCUCUUGGGUCUUUGAUCUUUUAGGUUAUACCUACCUUCUUCUGCUAGCCUUUUAGGAUUGGGGAGCAUUUGUAUUUUGGAUUGGUUGUAUAGAUAAUAUGCUUCAACUUCUGCAAGUAGAUAAAUUUUCUAUAUGUUCUGUGUUGUGGAUUUUUUGUUUAAGGUGUAUUGAAGGAAUAUUUGGAUGCCUGCAGUGGUAUGUCUUCUCGGAAUGUUUUCAAUAUAUAUAUAUAUAUAUGUCUCAUUGUUUUU